UUCCACUGAUUAGUCAUGCUGGGGAGAGGGCGUCACGGCUUCAAAUCAGCUGACUCGGGCUUCCGUAGCCGAGCAGCACGUGACCCGGAAGUGUGGGAGUGUUUUGUCCAACAGAAACAGGCCGAACUCUGUCUGCUGUUUUUCCUCCCGAGGGGACUCGCCGACAGCAUUUCACGCUCGUUUAAGGCGCAGAGCCGAAGGAGGAGACGGAAAACAUCGGUAGUUUCUGAUGAGAUUAUCGAAAUGGGCUCAAAUGGCUCGUAUCCGCGUGGCUUUAUGAACUGUCUCCUGAUCUGCGUCACUUUGUGGAGCUACCUGAGCAGCAGCGGGGUGUCUGCCAAAUCAUACCGCAGACCAAACAUUGUUUUGAUCCUCACCGACGACUUAGACGUCGCUAUCGGGGGUCUGAGUCCACUGAGCAAGACGAGAAAACUAAUUGGUGAUGCAGGCAUAUCAUUCACAAACGCAUUUGUUGCCAGCCCGCUGUGCUGCCCGAGUCGAGCCAGCAUCCUGACGGGGAAAUAUCCCCACAACCACCACGUCAUCAACAACACGCUGGAGGGGAACUGCAGCAGCAAAGCCUGGCAGAAGAGCGAGGAGGCCCACACCUUUCCUGCCCUGCUGAAGGCCCACGCCGGAUACCAGACUUUCUUUGCUGGGAAAUAUCUUAACCAGUAUGGGCGCUCAGAGGCCGGCGGGGUGGAGCACAUUCCUCCAGGUUGGAGCUUCUGGGUCGGACUGGAGAAGAACUCUAAAUACUACAACUACACUCUGUCAGUGAAUGGAAAGGCUCAGAAACACGGAGCAGAUUACAGUCAAGACUACCUGACGGACGUACUGGCCAACAUGUCUCUGGACUUCCUCCAGCACAAAUCCAACUACCAGCCGUUCUUCAUGAUGGUGUCCACGCCGGCCCCGCACUCCCCGUGGACGGCGGCUCCUCAGUACCAGGACACCUUCAACAGCACCAAGGCUCCCAGAGACCCCAACUUCAACGUCCACGGGAAGGACAAACACUGGCUGAUCAGACAGGCUAAAACGCCCAUGAGCAACUCGUCUGUUCAGUUUCUGGACGAUGCUUUCAGGAAACGUUGGCGAACUUUGCUGUCAGUGGACGACCUGGUGGAGAAAAUAGUGAAGACGUUGGAGGUCAGAGGUGAACUGGACAAUACGUACAUCUUCUUCACCUCCGACAACGGCUACCACACAGGUCAGUUCUCUCUUCCUCUGGAUAAGAGGCAGCUUUAUGAGUUUGACAUCCGGGUUCCUCUCAUGGUCAGAGGACCAAAUAUCAAGCCCAACCAGACCAGCCAGAUGCUGGUGGUGAACGUCGACCUCGGGCCGACCAUGCUGGACAUCGCCGGCUUAGACGUCAACAAGACGCAGAUGGACGGCAUGUCCUUCCUGUCCGUCAUGGAGGGGAAGAUGAACAGCAGCAGCUGGAGAACAGACUUCCUGGUGGAGUACGAAGGAGAAGGAAGCAACGUGUCGGACCCCGCCUGCCCUCUGCUGGGACCAGGAGUGUCGGAGUGUUUCCCAGACUGUGUGUGCGAGGACUCGUACAACAACACCUACGCGUGUGUGCGCACAGUCGCCCCCUCUGCCAACCUGCAGUACUGCGAGUUCGACGAUAACGAGGUGUUUGUGGAGGUCUACAAUGUGACGGCAGACCCCUACCAGCUGACCAACAUCGCAAAGACCAUCGACCAGGAAGUCCUGGAGAAGAUGAACCAUCGGCUGAUGAUGCUGCAGUCCUGCGCCAGGCAGUCGUGUCGGACACCCGGCGUGUACGAUCCGAGGUAUAAAUUUGACCCUCGGCAGAUGUUUACCAGCCACAGCUGGCGGCUCAGCAGACUCAGGCAGACGAUGAAAUAAGAAGAUGGAGGAAGAAAAAGGGCUGCACUGUAUUCUGUAUUCAGCCUUUCCUGCUCUUGUUGCCUUGUUUUUUUCCCAGGCCUCCUGAGCCAGUCUCUUAGCACGUGGAUGGAGAAGGGAUCAGGUGGCGGUCAUAUUUUUGGGGAUGCGUGGGUCGCCGUGGAGACAGGAGGCCCCUCUGGGUGCAGGACCCACCUUUUAAAGCUUCCGGUCUGGGCUGCUGUUCAGUGAGUUUGUCAGUAGGUGUGCAGGGAAGCCAAAUUGUUCAGGAUGGAUUUAAGAUCACAAGCCAUGACGUCAAAUCCUGUUUUAGUUAGUACGAGUUUGUUUACGAGUCAGUAAUUUAAAAUCUGUUGUUCCCUGUGGAGAUUAUCAUCAUAUGUGUGAUCCAAACAGAAACAUCCUCACUGGCUUAUCUGGUGCAUUCAGAUUUAUCACAGGGUGAACGUUCAUGUGUUCAUCGCCGAGAAGCUGCACUCAAACAGUUUAUCUUUCUAACACACACUAGAAAAUACAAAUUUCUGCACGUUUCGACCCACUGCUGUUAUGUGAAUAUUGGGAGUUGAUUUGUCGCUCAUUCAUUGCACUUUAACAUUUUCUUUUUAUCAAUACACCAAGCUUUUCUUUUUUAAUAUGUAAACAUACGUGUCAGUCGUACAGACGUGUCAGUCACAAAUUUCCAUUUUUUUCCUCACAAUUUCCAAUCCAAAACCAGUAAAUUUUAUAAAAAUGGAUGAAAACCAAGCAAAUCUUUCGGGAAAAGAACGGGGCAGUAAAACAACAGGAAGUGCCCUCAGAGAUGAUUAAAGCAAACAGCGCCUCCUACAGGAAGUCAAACUUCACGAACAGGCAGUCCGACAGAAGGCCUGGAGCCCCCAUCACCUCCACAGUAGUUACGUCACUGCAGCCAGUAGGUGGCGUAACUGAACAUUUGAGUCCUCUAUCUCAUCUGUGAGCUGCCUUAAAGCACCUUUUUUAAUUCAUAAGUUUGAAAUCGAUCGUUUUUCUUUCUCGUCAUUUCAUUCAUUUGCCAUUUGGAUUCUGGCAACUUAAAUCAACUAUUUCACUAAAACACUUCAGGUUUUUCUGCAUUUCACUGAGCCAGACUUUAAAAACAGUUCGGUAACAGAGAUGAACUUCCUAAUGGGAAACAGGAAGCUGUAAGACAGAAGAAAUAUCUCGCCAAAAUAAGGUUCUUCUCCCAUCGUCAGGACAGUUUUAGAUUGGUUAUCUUUUGUUUUAUGUGUUGGAUGGGAGAACGUUUAAAGACCAAUCAAAUGUUGUACUUGCACAGUGAACGACCGACGUAGAAGAAUAAUCUAUAUUUGAUAUAUAUAUUCUCCAAACCUGAAGGGAACUGAUUUUCUCCCGUUCACGUUGACGCCACAAACUACACGCAGACAAAAACCUCAUUUCUUAAAUCUUUUUGCUGUUGCAACAGCAAAACGGCUCACGUUCGGCUCAUAAUUUUAGAUCAAGAUUCCUCCUACGGCCAGUAUUUUGUGAAGAUGCAGUUAUUUUUUUUUAACAUUUAAUAUGAAAUCAGCAGAUUGUUGACGUCCAACCAAAGAUCCGAUGAGACUCUUGAAGGAGGUUCCUGAUGACGUUCAGAAAGUCUCGCCGUCGUGGUUCAUCUGCAUGAUCUCUGUUGUACACGUGAAUCUUCUCUUCGUGCGUUAAUCUUGAUUGUGACUUCGGUUCUUGCUGACAAACUGGCGGUUAAUCGUGAAUCAGUGAUUUUAUUUCCCCCCACGUGUUCCGCUGCUGCUGCAGUCGUUGCUGUCAGAUGGUCCACUCGCGCCUCCUUCUUCCUCUGCAGUCUGUUUGUACUGACUUUACUGUGAGAACACUGAGAUUUAAAGUCCUGUGAAAGUCUGACGGGAAACCACAGGACCCGACACACACACACACACACACACACACAUUGUGAUGAUUUCACUUCACUGAUGCACUUUGCUGUCUGUCAGAACUGUUGAAACCAUUAGUUCUAUUUUCAGACCAGUUUUGGAUGACGAUGAUGAUGAUGAUGAUGAUGAUGUAUUUUAGGCUUGUGUGUUUUUUGUCUUAAUAAAAAGAUUCUCAAAACAUCA